AUGUCAUCAAAGGGGAUACAUAAAAAGACAAAAGCUGUAGAUGCAACUAAGAAACUAGCGGAGAAGAUAAAGAAACAAGCACUUUUAAAACAAAAACAACAACAAUCAAUAGAAGAAUCAUCAACCACCUCCACAAAAGAAGAUAAACCACUUGAAACAACUACAAUAGAUCCAGAUGCACAAUUAAAAUUCGAGACAUUCUCAGAAUUAAAACUAGUGCCAGAUUUACUAGAAUCAAUUCAACAAAUGAAAUUCACAAAACCAACACCUAUUCAAUCAGAAGCUAUCCCACAUGCAUUAGAAGGAAAAGAUAUAAUAGGAUUAGCAGUUACUGGAUCAGGUAAAACUGCAGCUUUUGCAAUACCCAUCUUACAAGCUUUAUGGCAUGCACAAACUCCAUAUUUUGGUUUAGUACUAGCACCAACUAGAGAAUUAGCAUUUCAAAUAAAAGAUACUUUUGAUGCCCUUGGAGCAACUAUGGGGUUAAGAUCAGUUUGUAUUGUUGGUGGAAUGGAUAUGAUGGAUCAAGCUAGGGAUUUGAUGAGAAAACCACACAUUGUUGUUGCAACCCCGGGAAGAAUAAUGGAUCAUUUAGAACAUACUAAAGGUUUUAGUUUAAAAAAUUUAAAAUAUCUUGUAAUGGAUGAAGCUGAUAGAUUAUUAGAUAUGGAUUUUGGACCAGCACUUGAUAAAAUUUUAAAAGUUAUACCAACAAAGAGAACCACUUAUUUAUUCUCUGCAACAAUGACAAAUAAAAUUGAGAAAUUACAAAGAGCAAGUUUACAUAAUCCUGUAAGAGUUGCAGUAUCAACCAAAUAUCAAACUGCUGAUAAUUUAAUCCAAUCAAUGAUGUUAGUGAAUGAUGGAUAUAAGAAUACUAUAUUAAUCCAUUUACUUAAUGAAUUUAUAGGGAAAUCAAUAAUAGUUUUCACAAGAACAGUUGCUCAUGCACAAAGAACAGCAUUAUUAGCAAGAAUAUUAGGGUUUAAUGCAGUACCAUUACAUGGACAAUUAUCACAAGCACAAAGAUUAGGUUCAUUAAAUAAAUUUAAAUCUUCAAAAGCUAAUAUUCUUGUGGCUACAGAUGUAGCAGCAAGAGGUUUAGAUAUUCCAUCAGUUGAUAUUGUUAUAAAUUAUGAUAUUCCAACGGAUUCAAAAGCAUAUAUUCAUAGAGUAGGAAGAACUGCAAGAGCAGGUAGAUCAGGUAAAUCUAUUUCAUUAAUAACUCAAUAUGAUUUAGAAAUGUAUUUAAGAAUUGAAGCUGCAUUAGGAAAGAAAUUACCAAAAGAAGAAAAACCAAGUAAAGAUAUUUUAGAUGCAUUACAUUUACAUGUUGACAAAGCUACUAUUGAAGCUAUUAGACAAACUAAGGAAUUGCAUGAUAAAAGAGGUAGAAGAAGAAAAGAUGAUGAUAGAGAAGAAAAAUAG